GUCCAUAGCAGCAGUCAGUUAGUUAUGUGUGAACAAGUGUGUGUCAGUGGGGGUAGUGGAUGCAACUGACACAGCUCUCACUCUGACUGGUAACUCUUGGACUAUUUUCACUCAGACACGAGUCAGAAUGCCUUCUGGAAGGACAAUCAAGCUUAUCCUGUAUGAGCUGUUGGAGUUUGCAUGUUUGUGUGUGCCUGUGCUUGUAGUUCUAGAGCGAUUUGCAUCGCUUAUGAUGUCUGUGAAAUGCAACGACACUACUGCUUACUGGUUGGUGGUAGCAGCUUCCAUAGCCUAUGUGACCACUGUGUCUCUGCUUGUUUGGGUGCCACUGAAGUUUUUUAUCCUGAAGUCCAGGGGGUUCUUUAAAGACGUUACUAACUGGAGACCUGUGACUCUCGCACACGCACUACUCUGCACGCUACCAUGUUUUGCCGUUCUUAUUGCCAGCUCGAAGGUUCAGUUGGACAAAGGAAUUUUACAUGACCACUUUAGUGAGCUUCCUGUCUCACUAGUGCUCUUUGCCCUCAUCUGCAUGGACAUUAUAGAAAGAGUUCGUCCAUACCGCCUGACAGGAAAAGGUAGUCUGUACCUUGAGGCUCCUGGGCCUGUUCUGACUCACCUGGAGCAGGUGUCCACUGUGUCAUCGCAACUGCAAAGUAACAGAGCUGCAAAUGGCUCACCACUGAGGCCAGAGGUCAUGAGUACAUCACCAUCAGGACGCUGGGUAGAUACGAAUAGCAUCUCACGUUCUUCCAGUAUGGCCUAUUUGUACUCCUCCCACUCUGAUUCAGGCUGUUUCCGUUUCAUCUGUUUUCGAGACCCUCGCCAUGAGCUCUUCCUGGAGACGUUUAUUUUCUGGCUGGACACAGUGGAGAUGAUAAGAGUGGCUGGGGUUCAGGAUGUCUACAAUUCAAACUGGGUCUUUCCUAUAUACAUCCUAAGCUUUUUCUCCAUCCUGCGUGUGGUUGUAACUCCUAAUAGUCCAUUGCUGACUUUUUUAGGAGUGGUAACACAGGACCUACCCUUCCUGGUUUUACGGCUCUGUCUGGUGAAUAUCUUUGGUUACGUGACUCCGAUACUCUAUAUCAUGAAGAACCUGCUCUCAUGCCUAACUUUUGUUUACUUUCACUUCUUGACCAAGUUGAAGGUGUUCAGCAGAGGAAGUAUGUUCUGAAUCAACUGGAGGGGAAGCUACACAGGACCAUUUUAGGGUAAAGAAAUGUAUGGGGUCGAUAUUAACAAUGACUAGUAGCACUGAACACAUUCUUUUUUUUAUUCACAUUACUCCAGAAAUGACAAAGUAGUAAUGUGGGUCCGCACAUAGUUUUGUUGUUGUUGUUGUUUAUUUGUAUGUUUUUUUUAAGUAACUACUGCAAGCAUAUGUUUCUGUAUGUAAUUCAUAAUGACAUUUUUUAGAAUUGAAAUAGCAGAAGUUCAGUUAUUUUAAAGCAGUAUUAAUUGAAAUAUCAAUUUAUUGAUUAAUUGCUAUUAAUCUCAAUGCACUACUAAUGCAGAGUUUGUUUUCAAGGACAUUGAUGCUAAACACAUUUGUCAGAAGAACAAUACCAAUAUUUUAGCUAUAGUAGGGUCCAUAAAUAGUUGAACAUUAAGAAAGGUCUUAUUUGAGGUUUCUACUACAGUAUAUUAAAGCUGAUUACAUCCAACCAUUCAUCCAUCCAUCCAUACAUCCAUCCAUCCAUCCAUCCAUCCAUCCAUCCAUCCAUUCUUUACAGCACUUAUCCUACUUUUCAGUGCCCAGGAGACUCUGGGCACAAAGCAGGAUACACUGUAUAUCACAGUGCACAAUCAUACACGCACUCACAACCUACAGACAAUUUAGAGAUUCAACCUACAAUGCAUGUCUUUGUCCUGGGGAGGAAACUCCACACAGAGAAUUGAACAGUUUAUUAGGAACACUGUAUUUGUUCUGGUUAGAGUCUCUCUCUGCUCACAAAUCAACCUCAAUUCUGCAAGAAUGAAUGGCAUAAAAUAAUUCCACAAGAUUUAGUAAAAAUUUCUUUGAUAUUCUGGUCCAUACUGAUAUGUUUGCAUCACAGAAUUCCUCAUGAUCACAUUUUCAGGUGAUCUUUUAUACUGUGAAUCUUAUACCACAUCCCAAAUGAGGAUGGAUUCAGAUUUAGAUGCAGUCACUGGAAAGAACAUUUUAUCAUGCUUAAUGUAGCCAUUAGAAGAUGAUAAAUUGUGGUCAUGAAGGGAUGCACAUUUACAGCAACAAGACUCUAUAGACUGGAACAUUUAAGUGAUGAUUUAUUGCUAUUAGCAGCUCCAAAGUGUGCUAUGAAAACUCACUCUAUUACCUCACCUCCACCAGCCUGGAUUUCACACACAAGGCAGGUUGAACCUAUUGUCUCCUGCUGUUCAUUCGAGAAUGAAUAGAUGUCAAGAUAAUACUAAAAGAAAAGUGCUCAACGAUUAGAAAUACUUUCAAAUUAAAGUCAUAUUAAUUACUUAAUUUCACUUCCAAUAUUCUGUGGUAGAUAUAAUAUAAUAAUAACUUUGUAAAGGUCUGAAUAUUAAAGGACCUUACUGUAUAUUGGUGGUUAAAGGAGAUGAAUUAAAGAAUGAAUAAUGUCAAGGUUUAUAAGCUAAAAACUAUACGCUGAAAAAGGUCAGACUCUUCUAAACAGUAGUUUACUGUACUGUGUUACUACACAACACUUAUGAUUACCAGCAAAUAUGUUUCCCCUUAGUUUAUUUAAAUACAUUUAUUUUAAUUAACAGUAAUUUACCUGAUUUUCCGUCAAACCAAAGAACACACAAGUCAAUCCUUAUUGCCAUUAUGUAUUUAUCACACAAGAUAAAAACCUGAAUCUUCAUUUAUUAUGUACACAACUUUACAUUAAUAAAAGCCUGGUCACUUUUACUUUCCUUAACUGACUACAAAUUAAAUUUCUACAUAUUUCUCUUUUUUUAUAUCAUAAAUUUUUAAUCUCAACGUUGACUAUUGGUCAGCAAAUAUUUCAAAGAAAAUUAAGAAGAUUUUUACCCAUUCCAAUUUUUUGGAAGCUUCAGAUGAAAGAUGUUUCUUUAUAGAAGGACAUAUAAUUGGCCUUAAAAUAUUAAAACCCAUUUUUUAAACAGCCACGUUGUUGAGAACACUAGCUAGACAAAAAUAUAUUUUUAAGAUACAUACAAGAAGGUAUUAUAACUGCAAAAACCACACCACAGCACCAGAGGCUUACAUUCCUAAGGUUUUUAACUAUUACCUAUGCUGAAUAAUUUCAAUUCUUUUGAAAUGUUAUGAGAGAACAAUAAACCAGGAACUAUUCAAGUGCCUCUUAUGGUUGUAUAAAAAGAUGUGUAAUUUUAAAUAAUUAAUUCAACUAUUUAAAUAUAUGCAGUAUGUUAAAUUAUUCAUGCUCUCGUUUUUUUCUUGUAAGUAAUCGAAAAUAGAGUGAGUGAGUGAGAGAGAGAGAGAGAGAGAGAGAGAU